AUGCUCAUGAAAAAUGCAGCCACCCCUUCUUUUCCUCCUCCUUUCUCUUCUCCUCUUCCUCCUUGCGCUUGGCCUCUUGGGCUUCGGCCUUUUUCGCUUCGGCUUCUUUCCUCUUCUUUUCCUCCUCCUCCUUCUUCCUCUUCUCGGCCUCCUCACGGUCCUUCUUUCUCUUCUCCUCUUCAGCCUUGGCCUUCUCGGCGGCCUCCUUCCUUUCUUGCUCCUUCUGCGCGACAAUCUUCCUCUGCUCCUCCUCGGUCAUCUUGGCAAAGGCCUCGACGUUCUUGUCCCAGGUCUUGA